AUGAAAAAGCAAGAACAAGACCAGUUAUUUCAUUUGAUUGUUCAACAUUUACUGGAUUCUCUCCAGUUGAUUUGGACAAUGUCAAAAUUAUGUUUCUACUUAGAAUCCUUACCAAAACAAGAUGGGGUCGACGUCAUCAAUAAUAAAGAUAAAGAUCAACUGCUGCAGUGGGUAGACAAUUUCAAGUUGCAUUUACACGACAAAGUAGCUGAGUCUCAGUUGGAUCGAUGUAGGGAUUUCGUUGAUAAAACUAUGCUACCAGGUAUUUGCGCCAUUAAAGACAAAAUGCAAGCUCAGUUGCAACAUUCUAAAGAAAUAAUUUUAGUCAACCAACUAUCUAACUGUUUUAAUGGUUUUAUUCAUACAUUACAGUUCAUAAGAAAGCUACCUAUAGGUAACAGCCAAGCAUCGUACGAAAUCCCUUCUGAGCAGUGGAAAGUACUUCUACAAGAGCAAGACCAAAUGAAUUCAAACUGGAAAUUACAAUUAAACAAAUUUAGCUUGCUAAGCGCUCAGUUAGUGGCUUCCAAUGGUGCAGCAAAAGAACAAAUGUCACAGUUUUAUGAUCAUGUAUAUAAAAAGUGUAAAGAAGUUGGAUCAAAUCAAGAAGAUCCUGAGAGACCAGAACGCUUAAUCUUCUAA